AUGUAGAAUAGUGGGGAGUUAGUAUAGAUAACGUGCUCUCUUUGUCAACGUGUAUUAAAGAAAUAACUCUCUUAAUUGGAAGUAGGUAGAUGGUUAUUUUGUGUUCUUGUAACAAGUUCGAAUAAAUAAUAUUUAGCAAAAAUGAUUGUUUUAAAUAUCAUCACAUUAGCUUUGGCUAUUUCAGCUGUGGCUACCUCGAAAGUACAAUAUGAGAGUGUUCCAAAUGAAAAUGAAUGGAUUUUCGUUGCUCAAAAUUCUGUGAAAGAUUCUGUGACCAAAGUCAAAUCAUACGGAGAAGAAAAUGAAAAAUUGAAAGUGAUUGCAAACGGAGCGUUUAACUCCUUCGCAGAAUUUGCAAAAAAAAGUUUGUCUGAAAUCAUUGAACAGACCAAUAAGACUGAAUCGGAGGAGGUUUUAAGGUUAAAACGGCAAUUUUUGAAGUGGGCAGAAGUAUUAGAAAAAUUUAAUCAAAUGUCCGAGAAAACAUCUACUAAUAAAAUAUUGGGAAAAUUUAUCUUUACUAUAGAUUUUAUUGUAAAUGAAAUUGUUGGAUUUGAUAAGUAUAACCGUUUCAAAUCAUUUGAAGCCAAUCAAAUUACAGAAAAACUCAAAUUAUUACUUAGAGUAUCUGCUGCUAAGUUGGUAAAAUAUGCAAAAUCCAUGGAGGAUCAAGUUACUGAAAUGUUCAAAACUGAUUGAAGAA